AUGACGAUAAGCCACGCUUUUCUCCUCGUUUAUAUUCCGCAUCAUCCGGUGCUCCGCGAGUCUAGCAGUACAACAAAACUUCGCGUCGUAUUUAACGCGUUGUAUAAAACUAGUAACGGCUCUACGUUAAAUGAUUAUUUGAUGAUCGGGCCUAAGUUACAACGCAAGUUAGCAUCUAUUAUCCUGCGAUGGCGACAAUUCCGCUACGUGUAUACCGUGGAUAUUGAAAAAAUGUUCCGACAGAUUCGCGUUCAUCCGAAUGACGCGGAUUUCGUACGGAUUCUCUGGCGAUCCGCAAAUAAUAAAUCUAUUAAAGCCUAUCGAUUAUUAACGGUUACGUACGGCACUGCUCCUGCUCCUUAUUUAGCCAUGCGAGUUCUUAAUCAAUUGGCUCUUGAUGAAGGACAUGCAUUUCCGAAAGCUCAAUCCAUCGUUCAGGAAUUUAUAUACGUCGACGACGUUCCGGAGCUCAAAGAAAGCCGCGAUGAACUCCAGUCACUAAUGUCGCGUGGUGGUUUUCACUUACGCAAAUGGGCUAAGAACGCGACCGAAUUAUUAGACGAUAUUCCGGCUAGCGAGCAUGAAUUAGCUGUCGAACGAAAACUCGGUGAAGACGAUAUGUUAAAGGUACUUGGUCUCACAUGGAGAUCGCAAGAAGAUUCGUUUUGCUUCCAAAUAGAUAUACCUACUGCCGACUUUAAUACUAAACGAACCAUUCUAUCAUUUAUCGCGAAAUUCUUUGACCCAUUAGGAUGGGCAUCUCCGAUAGUAAUUAUCUCUAAAAUAAUGAUACAAGAGCUGUGGAUUAGAAAAUAUGACUGGGAUUCUCCAAUAGCUACCGAGUUAUUAGAGCCGUGGAGAAAGUGGAGUUGA